AUGAUCGCCAAUGCUCCCCAUCAAUCGCAAGACGCGUGGAACGACACGAGAAGCGACGGUCGCCGUGAAUGGAGCCGCCCGACGGGUGCCGCACACGUCCCCAGAGCCACAGCCUAUAUGACGGACAAUAACGACCGUGUUUCACACCCAGAUGCACAGGAUGAGCAGGAGUCUAAUAAUCAGGAAGACGAUUAUUACCCCUCUGGAUAUGGCCUGGGAGACGCUGAUGCUGAAGAUCAAGAUGAUUAUGAACCCGUUUGUAAUAUGGCAAUCGCCGAGGAUUUAUAUGUGUCUACAUUGCACGGAGCACUUUGCAUCGCAUAA